AUGCUUCAAAACGUGUCGAAUGCUUUAUCUUCAGCAAACUGGUCUAAAGAUGUGAGAAGGUAUCAGGCGGUAGAGAAGGACUUGACAGUAGAAGAUGGCAUUUUAAUCAAGACAGGAUGUGCUGUGAUACCUAAAUCACUCCGAACAAAGGCUUUGGAAGUUGCUCAUAUAGGUCACCCUUCAACAGCCAAAAUGAAGAGCAUCGUAAGGCAGCGUAUAUGGUGGCCCGGAAUCUCGAAAGACGUAGAAAAAUGGGUUGAAGGAUGUAGAACGUGUGCCAUCAACGGAAAACCAGAAAAACGAACCCCGAUGGAACGAAUUUUUAUACCUAAAACUGUUUGGGAAACAAUAGCCAUGGACUUUAAUGGUCCUUACGUCAAGUUCGGUGGUAUUUUAAUCCUAGUAAUUGUGGAUUAUCGGUACGUUUUUGCCAGACCUGUGAAGUCUACCAGUUUCGAGUAUACCAGGAAGGUACUUGAAGAGAUUUUCGAGAAAGAAGGUUAUCCUAAGUGUAUAAAAACCGAUAAUGGACCACCAUUCAGUGGGGACGAUUAUAAAACUUUCUGCGCCCAGCGAGGAAUCAACACGAUCUACUCUACUCCUUUAUUCCCGCAACAAAACGGGUUGGUAGAAUCGUGUAUGAAAAUUAUCAAUAAAGCAAUGAUAGCAGCAUCAAUCGAAAAUACGAACUACCUAAAAGAGUUACAACGAGCAAUCAAUGCGUAUAACGCUGCGGUGCAUGGCGUAACUAAGGUGCCACCCGAGGAAAUCAUGCUUGGUCGAAGAGUAAAACGUAGUCUUGCUCUUCUACGGCACAGAAAAGCAUCGUUUGACGAAGAUAUUUUGGAGAAAUCUGACCGGGAAUCAAAGCUUUCGAGUAAACUUCGCGAAGACGCCAGACGUGGCGCACGAAAAUGCACGGUUAAGCCCGGAGAUAUGGUCAUUAUUGAGCGACACACACGUGCAAAAGUCGAUUCUCGUUUCAAUCCAAUACGAUAUAAAGUGAUGGAUGAAAAAACCGGCAACUCAACUCUGAACAAUGAUGACGGACAUGUGUUAAAACGGCAUGUCUCCCAGACUAGAAAGAUAUCCGUUUGGCGCAACAGCAGCAAAUCCGAAGACACCGGUCAACCUCGCCAGACUUUCACAGAACCGAUCAAAAUCACAGACAUGACAGAGACCGCAACGACAUCGCGAGCGCUCCGUAAGAGAAAGGCUCCUUCAUCUAUGAAUUACACUAAUCAGUGA